AACCAAAAUAAGAAGAAGACGAUGAUGAAUUUUUGGAGCUUUCUUCACUGAUCCUUUUUCUUUUUAAUUGUCUCUCCUCUGAUUUCAUUUUUUACACAAUCCGACCUCUGAACAAGAGCCUCUUUGUGAAAGAUGGUUUUGAGCUGGCGACGAGCCUUCUGCACUUCUAUCCCCAAGGAUCAGGACCGCCCUGGAGACGCCUCCACCCCCAGGCUCGCCUCCAGAUUCGGCAGAUUCUUCUCCGAGCCCUCCACGCCUCGAUUCCACUCUCAGCCGCUCUCCAGCCCCUCUCUCCGUUGCCGAACUGCUGCUGCUCCAUGUGUUACGCCUUCCGAGAGCCCUAGGCUUCAAUGCCGGACUAGGAAGAGUCCGCGAUUCUUCACCAGCUCCGCGCCUUCCUCGCCAAGGUCGCCGUCCACGUUUUCGCUGAUUAAAUCCGGACUCCGUAUCACCAAGAGUAGGUGCGGAAUAUGCUUGCAGAGCGUGAAGACGGGGCAAGGCACCGCCAUUUUCACGGCGGAGUGCGGCGACGCUUUCCAUUUCCCGUGCAUCGCCGCUCACAUGAAGAAGCAAGGGGUGAGAUCCGCCCUCGCCUGCCCCAUCUGCAGCGCUACAUGGAAGGAAAUGCACCUCGUGGAAACCGAUCCAUCCACCGAUCUGCGCGGCGCGGAUAAUAAAUCCUCUUCUGUGUUUAAGGUCUACAACGACGACGAGCCGCUCUCCUCUCCGACUUCCGGCGCGCGAUUCAUUCCGAUUCUCGAAUCGGAUGAGACUGAAGAGGAAAACGACGAUUUCCCCGGCUUCUUCGUCGCCAACAAUGUCGUUCCGGAUAAGAUCAAGUCAAGGAAUGUGGAAAUCGGUCUGUUAUCUGAGGCGGUUGUGGUGUCAGUAGGAAAAACUAGCGAGACAUACGCCGUCGUUUUGAAGGUGAAAGCUCCGACGCCGCCUCCGCGAAGAGCGCCGAUCGAUUUGGUGACCGUGCUGAAUGUGAGCAGAAAUGUAACCUCCGAUAAGCUCCAUCUAAUGCGGAGGAUGAUGCGGAUGGUGGUGUCCUCCCUCUCCGCCGCCGACCGCCUCUCCAUCGUCGCAUUCUCCACCACAUCCAAGCGGCUUCUCCCCCUCCGCCGCAUGACCACCGCCGGCAAGAGAUCCGCCCGCCGCAUCAUCGACGCCGUCGUCGCACUCGACGGCGGCGCCACCAGCGCCACCGACUCGCUGAAGAAGGCUGCCAAGGUCAUCGAGGAUCGCCGCGAGAAGAAUCCCGCCGCCAGCAUCCUUCUCCUCUCCGACGGCCACCGCAGCGGCCCUCUCGUGUCGUCCACGCGCUUCUCCCAGUCCGAGAUCCCCGUCCACUCCGUCAACCUGAGCGCGUGCGUCCACGCUCCUCCCGGAGGCGAUCAUGCCGCGAACUGCGUGACCAGCCUGCUUAGCCAGGUGGCGCAGGACCUCCGGGUCCAGGUCUCGUUCGCGGCAGGUUCGGCCCCGGGCGAGAUCUCCGCGGUCUACACCUACGCGGGCAAACCGGCCCUGGUCGGAUCCGGUUCGAGCUGGUGCCGGGUGGGGGAGCUCCACUCGGAGGAAGAGCGAGAAUUGCUAGUUGAAAUGAGGGUCCCACCAGCAACCGGUGGUGCCCGGAGGCUAAUGUCGAUCCGUUGCUGUUACAAAGACCCGUCAACUCAACAGACCAUAUACGACAAGGAGCGGUGCCUCGUCAUCCCCCGCCCACGCGCCGUCGGAUCCUCCACUCGCGACAUCCAACGCCUCCGCUGCCUCUUCGUCACCACGCGCGCUGUAGCCGAGAGCAGCAGGCUCUCGGACCGCAACGAUGUGGCCGGGGCGCUCAGCAUGCUCGCCUCGGCCCGCGCCCUCGUCCUCCAGUCGGGCUCGGGCUCUGGGGAGGAGUUUGUGCGCGGCCUGGAGGCCGAGCUCGCUGUGCUGAAUUGCAAGCGGCAGGACCUGGCGCAACCGCGAUUGGGCCGGCCCGAAGACAACAAGGCCGAGCCGCUCACGCCGACGUCGGCUUGGCGGGCAGCCGAGCGCCUCGCCAAAGUCGCUAUAAUGAGAAAGUCAUUGAAUAGAGUCAGCGACUUACAUGGGUUCGAGAAUGCGAGAUUUUAAUAUUUGUGUUUGUUAUUAUUACUAUUAUUAUUAUUAUGAAUAUCUUAGUAGUCAAAUAAAUUACAAAAAGUUACUAUAAGAAAAAUGUACAAAUAUAUUUUGUGAAAAAAGGCCAGAGGUGGUUUGUGAGGCCCAUGGAAAUGAGAGGCCCCGCGUAGUAUAAUUGAUUGAGGGGUAUCGUUGUGGGGUUUCUCAAAUUAAUUUUUUUUUUUUUUUUGGGGGGGGGGGGGGGUCAUGAUAUAUUGCUUGUUCUAUUAUUUCUUUUAUCCUUAUUUCAAAUUAUAAAAUAGUUGUAGGGAACGAUGUUAUGAUUUGAUAUGAAUGGAUGUCUUAUAGCAAUCAACUGAAAAGUUAUCGUGGAGGUGUCCUUUUAUGUAAAAAAUUAAUAUUGUUGGUAUAUAUGUGUUGAAGUAAAGCUUGGUUUGUAUUAA